AUGUCUUCAGGACAAAAUUACACAGAUAAUGAUGUCUUUUUCGUUAAUUCUAGUGAAAGUAUUAAAAUUGAAGUCUUACAUUAUUCUCCCGCUAAUAUAAUAUCGAAUUAUCCACCAAUUUUAUUCAUUCAUGGAUCAAAUAUUGCGGCUUGGGCUUGGGAUAAUUUUUGUCGCUGGUUUUCGAAUAAAGGACAUGAUUGUUACGCUAUGAGUUUUCGAGGACACGGACAAAGUACGAAGACUCCCAAAAAAGAUAAAUGGUGGUCAUUAAAUGAGAUUACGAAUGAUAUAUCAGUCGUAACCGAUGCAAUUAUUGCUAGAACCGGAGAUAAACCUGUUCUCGUGGGGUAA